AAUCCUAUUUGUUUUCUGACGAGGGGAUGGUGGCCAGGACACAGUUGGCAAUACUCCAUUACAACGAGAAUGCUGACCGUGUGCAAGUGGAAAGAGAGGGCUCCAAGCAGUUCCGACUGAAGCCAUCCAAGCUGAAAAAGACGUGGGUGGCCGUACCCCUCAAAGAAAAUGCUACCUAUGAUUAUGCGGCAACACUGAUUGCAGAGGUUCUGACUCGCAUUCAAGAACACCAAACGCAGUCAGCAGCUGCAGAAACUCGGCCAGCUCGUUCAGCAACAUAUGGCGAGAAGCCAACUCUUAGGCAAGCUGUGGAACAACACCAAACACGGUUCCAGAAGGGAAAGUAGGCCAUGUCCACACCGGCUGAGGACCACGGACAGCUG